AUGAAAAGAUCUAAAUUAUAGACUUCAGACAUCUUAGAUUGGUAUAAAAAGAGGUAAAUUUUGAUUUUUAAUUUAGAUUUCCACAAAAAGUAAAACGAAAUUAUCUUUAUUUACCAGAGGAAAUUAAACAGUAAGAGAGAGCAUAAGUGAUAUUUGAGAAUUUGGAUAAGAAGAAAGAAAGUAUUGUAAAUUAGAAUUAUAAAUAGAUAAAUUAGCAAUUGAUAAAUUAUAUGAUAUUUGUGUUAAAAGUGGAAUGAGUAUAAAUAGGAAUUAAGUAAGAAUGCUUUUUGAAAAGAUUGAUGAAGAUAAAAGCAGUAAAAAAGUAUUAUUAAAAUAGAAUGGAUUGAUUUGGAUGAGUUCUAAAAAUCAGUUCUUGAUUAAGAUGUAGGAGAAUGUAAUUUUAUAUUGAUUAUUUAGAAUUUACAUAAGUUGCAAUGAAAGUUAGGAAGAACUUAAAAGAAGGAUAUUUACCAAUUUAUUAUAAGAGUCUAAUAUCGCAUUUAAGCUUUGUUUCAAAUAGAGAAGAAUUAAUAUAAUAGAUUAAUGAUUAAAAUAAAAGUAAAAUAGAGAGAUUUUAGAAAAUAAAAGAAAUAAUGAAAUUACCUUAUGAUGACAUAGAAUAAUAAGACAAUAAUUAAUAAGUUAAAUAAGCAAGAAGAAAGUUAAGUGAAUUAAAAUAGGAUUAUGAAGGAGUUUAAAAAGUGGAUGAGGAAACUUAAGAGUUUAUUACAUAAAUGAAUCAAAAAUUAGAAGAUACCAAAAAGAUAGGGGAUGAUGAUUCUUUGUUGUUAAAAAAGAGAAUGAAAAGAAAAUCAUUACCUCAUAAUAGUUCUAUGAUAAACUUACCUAAAAUAGAGUAAUAAAAUCAUUUCAAAUGGCAUAAGAAUUUGAGUUUAAUUGAUAAUCAAGUUAGAUAAAAAAUAUUUAGUGAAAUAUAAAGUUAAAGUAAUAAAAUAAAUGAAUUAAAUUCACCAAGAAGAAAAAAGUAAAAAGAUUUAAUAUAAUUAAAAAAUUAAUAAUCAAAAUAUAUAAAAAAAGCAAAAUAAUAAUUUGAUAUACAAUUUGAUUUAAUUGAUGAGAAUCAAUAAUCAAUAGAUUAUACAGGUGGUAGAAGUUUUGAAGAAGGAAUAUUAAGUUUAUUUUAAUAAUAAUAAUAAUAAUAAGGCUAUUUAUGCAAUUUUACUAAUAUUUCAACAAUAAAAAAUGAUAAGAAUGAUAGAGAUGAAAUAUUAGAUUAAUCUGGGGAUCAUCUUCCAAAAUCAAUUUUAAGAAAACUUUAACAAUAUAAAAAUGUUACAAGAGACUCUACUUAAAUCUUGUUAGACAAAUCAAUUCUGUCCAGUUAAUAAUCUAAAUAAUCUGGAAAAUUGACUCCAAUUUACUAUUAAAGAAUGAUACACUAAACUCAUACUAAUACAGAUUCUUUAAAUUCUAAUGAUAUGCCAACACAUCCUAAAAGAAGAACAUAUUCAUAAUAAGAUAUAAAAUAUUAAACUGUAAUAUCAUUAAUUAUUUUAAUUAGCCUCAUUUUAAGCAAUCAGAAUUCUAACUUCCAUAUUUAUGA